GCCUGAUGCAGAGACCAAGCAGGGCGCAGCAUUAGAGAUUCAAGCAACUGCAACUACAGGAAGAGGCGCUAGGAGGCCCGAGCAAAGCAGCUAAAAAGCCUCAACCCAGUGGAGCGGUGCCUGUGGAUGGACAGUGCAGGCACCCAUGGCGUCACAGGAGCUUGUGGAUGCGAGAGCUAAUGAUAAUCCGAUCCCGGGAAUGGAGGGUGAUGCUGCGCCCGGCAACGGUAAAAUCUGUCCGGUCCACACGCCUGGUGGAGAGGAUACAAAGAGGGGCUUUCGGAAAGGCAUAGGGAGGCAUAAUGACUAUGUCAAGAUUUCCGUGCCAGAGUCCAAGGUCAAUCGUCUGCCCAUGGAGUGGUUGAAGACAGCGCUGGCCAUCUUUUAUGCCGGCUUCAACUUGGUCCUGACGACAGUCGUCAUCACUAUUGUCCACGAGAGGGUCCCACCGAAAGAAAGCAGCCCGCCUCUUCCUGAUAAGUUUUUUGACUAUAUUGACAGGGUCAAAUGGGCAUUUACAGUCACAGAGAUCAACGGCAUGGUGCUGCUGGCCAUUUGGAUGAUCCAGUUGUUCUUCUUCAAAUACAGAUCAAUAGCAUGCAGGCGGUUCUUCUUCCUCAUUGGCACCCUGUACUUGUACCGCUGUGUCACCAUGUACAUCACCACCCUGCCUGUGCCUGGCAUGCAUAUGACUUGUGCUCCUAAGCUUCACGGAGACUCACAGGCAAAAAUCCAACGAAUUCUGCGACUGAUUUCAGGUGGAGGUCUGUCCAUGACAAACUCCCACCUCUUGUGUGGAGACUUCCUCUACAGUGGACACACUGUGAUGCUCACCCUCACCUACCUAUUCAUCAAGGAAUACUCGCCACGAUCGUUUUGGUGGUACCAUCUGAUAUGCUGGCUGCUGAGCGCCGUGGGUGUGGUGUGCAUCUUGGUGGCACAUGAGCACUACAGUGUGGAUGUGGUCGUGGCCUAUUUUAUCACCUCCCGCCUGUUCUGGUGGUACCACACCAUGGCCAACUUACAGACUCUGAAAUGCUCGCCUAACAACUACCUCACCAACACCUGGUGGAACCCACUGUUCAACUUCAUGGAGAGGAACGUGCAAACCUCGGUGCCAUGCUCUUACAGUUGGCCCAUCACCUGGCCUCCUGCCUGCCUGAAGAGCCCCUGCAAGAAGUACUCAAUGGUUCAGAGCACACGAGAGGAGUGACAUGACCCCGAUGCCCCUGUCUGCUGGACCGCAACAUAAUGAUACCAAAUGGAUAGCUAUGAAAGAAAUAUCUCUGCAAAAAUGAAGGAUCAUCAUAUUGUCUGUGUGUGUUCUUUGUAGAUGUAAUUUAUUUAUGAGAGAAACAACUGCAACGUCCUCAUUGUUUUUGUAACUCAGCUUCAUGGACCUUCAGACAUGAACAAACAAAUUGUUGCAACUGACUCACAGGUUUGUUACAGUAUUUGCAAGACUUGAUUUGGGAUAUGCUACUGUAACUCUUUUAUACUGUAUGUGUCGACGGGGUUUACCUCAAUAUCAUAACAAUGUGCUCAAGUCACAAGGUGCCUUAGUGUGUUAAAGAUCAGUAGGUGUACCACAAAUGCCAUUAUGAGUCUUGAUAUAUUUGUUGUUGUUUCUUCAUUUUAUUAUUAUUAUUAAUUUUGUAU